CGUGAUAGGAGGAUAAGAAGGCGGAGCGGAUAAGAGAUCCGAUAAAAAUGUAAUUAACUUAUGAAGUGAAGUGCCACUAAUGAAUAAAAAAAAACCCAAGCAAUCGGAGAGUCGAGCAGAUUAUACAUCGAGACCCAGACACGUCGCGAAACGAUGAGAUAAGAAGUGUGUUGUUGUUGUUGUUCGUUCAGUAUCGUUUUCUGCGCGAUCGAAUUAUGUAGUUAGUUGCCCUAAUAAAACCAUAGAAACACCAAUAAGAUUGACCUAUCAGGGUGUUAGGAUUAAUAAUUCGAUAUACCUGCAAACAACACAAUGAUUCUAAUAGCAGUAACGUUGCUGGUGCUGAGCAGCGGAGCCUUCUGCGAGGAGCCCGACGAUUUCGUAUUGUGCGCUUCCUAUUCAGCUGGUUCUAUAGCUCAUCCCGCCGACGAUAUCGUCCCUGAAGCAGCACCCACGGAGAAAUUCAUUAAAUGCAAAGAAUAUUGUUACACCGUUUGGCUGGAAGAUUCCAAUGACAAUACCUUCGAAGUCCUCGGGCAAGGUUGUUGGCAAGCUUCGGGAAAGCCGCCGGAAUGCGAACGAUCUCUAUGCACCUACGACAAAGAGCCCCACAAGUCCUUAAACAGCACGAAAUUUUGCUGUUGCAACAAAGACAAGUGCAACCUAAAUUACACCGAUAACUACGUCCCAACGGAAGCCCCGCCGACGGAAAUUACACCGAAAGACGAGUCCCUCAGCCCGCUCACUUACCUUUGCCUAGGCUUCACUUUCCUAGCCCUCACCGUGGUCAUCGUGAUAUUAUCUUACAUCUUCUGGAAGAUGAAGGAGACGAACAAAAGCGACGUCGAAAACUGCCAGCAACCGUUACCACCUCCCACCGAAUACAGCUUGGAUAACUUGCGAAUAAUGAAUUUAAUCGGUCAAGGCAAGUACGGUACGGUCUAUCGAGGUACCAUAGACGAUACCCUCGACGUGGCCGUCAAAGUAUUCCCCGCCCAUCAUCGCAACUACUUCCUCAACGAGCACGAGAUGUUCAAGAUAUGCGGCGACAACGCCGGCGUGUUGAAGUGCUUCGGCGGCGGCGAGUACGCGAUGGAGUACGUCCUGCUGUUGUCGCUCGAACAGGAAUCCCUGCAGGACUAUUUGAAACGCAACACGAUCGAUUUGGCUACGUUGGGUAAGAUGAGCUUGAGCGUAGCCAAAGGCUUGGCGCACCUGCAUUUGGACGUCGGCAAGCCUUGCAUAGCCCAUCGGGACGUCAACAGCAGGAAUAUAUUGGUUCGAGGCGAUUUGUCCUGUUGCAUUAGCGAUUUGGGUUUGGCUGUCGUGCCGAAACGGACCGAGAAUAAGGCGCUCAGCGAAGCAGGUACGCUCAGGUACAUGGCGCCCGAGGUGCUGGAAGGAGCGGUGAAUCUUCGCGAUUGCGAAAGCGCCUUGAAACAAAUCGACGUCUACGCUCUAGGACUCGUUCUUUGGGAAUUGGGAUGUAGAUGUACUGAUAUGCAAAAUGCCGAACCCCAUCCUUAUUUACCACCCUUCGCUAAGGAAGCAGGAGAUCACCCUACAUUAGAACAAAUGCAGGCGUUAGUUAGCAGGAAAAAAGCCCGUCCGUUGUGGCCCGUUUCCUGGAAGGACACGGCAUCGGCCAGGCUGCUUUGCGACACAGCCGAAGACUGCUGGGAUCAAGACGCCGAAGCCCGCCUGACGGCGUUGUGCAUAGCCGAACGCCUUAUAGAAUUGCCUACGUUGAAAGGCCGCUGCCUCUUACCGCACCAUCCGCCGGCCAGUCCGACGCCGCUCAUCAACAACAAUCAUUUGCACGGCAACCAAUUCGACGCUUCGAUCAAUACGAUCGAAACGCUUCUAUCGCCGUCCGAAGAGAACUGCAAGAAUUCGAAUCGACUCGUCGAUUGCGUGACGCCCUUGCAACCCUACCAAGGAAGGAACCCUUGUUUAGAACGAAACUUGUUAUCCAGUUCGAGCGAUAGCUUGCUCAUCGACAAAUCCUCGAAGCACUGCACCGGCUCCGAAUCGCAGAACCUCAUCCCGAACGAGUUCCUCGACUUCCAGAUCAAUCACCGGGCGACGCCGAUACCGUACCUGCAAAACGCCGUCUACGGCAUGCCGAAGCGCCAGAACGACGCCUACAAGACGCCGACGAAGUCGCGCUUCAAAUGGCACGGCCUGCGGAAUUUCCUCAACAUGAAAAUGGGCUCGGGCCAUUCGGGCGGUCGCAAGGACACGCAGGUGAAGCUCGACGGCAAAGUGGUGAACGGUUCGGGCGUCACCACGUCGCUGUUGGGCUACGCCGACGAGGCCGCGAGGCCGUCGAGUUUGCGCCUGCGGCCGAUCGAGUGCUCGACGGCGAACACGAAUUGCGGCGUGUCGCAGUUGCUCAAAAGGGAGAACAACCUGUCGAGGCAGCGGUCUUUGGAUCAUUUCAACGAGGUGUUCUCUUCGACUGGGGAUUUGUCGAGAUUGAAGGAUCCUUCGCAGAGGGUGAAAACGCCCGGUGAUGUGCCGCCUUCGGUGCGUCGGACGCGGGGUAAAGCGGCGGCGGAUUCGGCGCGGUUUUCUCUGUACGAUGAUAGGAUGAUGGGGCAGGCUCAGUGGGGCAGCGCGCCCGAUUUGGAAUCGCAGAAGCCGCCGGACGCGGCGCAAACGAGCGAAGGGCAGGAUAAAGAUAGCGUUAGUAGUUUCUAGUAAUCGGAAUAUUUAUAUUACGAAUUUGAAGUAUUUCUGUUCGAAUUCGAAAUUAUUAUUAUACGCAUAAUGUAAGUUAUAUGAAGUAAGUUUUGUUUGGCAAAAGCGUUUGAACGGUUGUGAGUCUUAUUGUAAAGAUGCUUUUAUGUUUAUGUACACCCGGUGUUUUGAUAUUAGGACUCGAUAGUCAUCUCAUCACAAUUGAUAUUUUACUUAAUUGAAUCAAAAAUGUGAUUUAGCGACUCGUACAACUUUUAUAGAAGGUUUUAAAGCAAGAUAUAGGAGUUUGUUGAGUAGUCAUUAUAUUGUACAGACUGUUUAUUUAAUGCAAGUAGGAUAAAGUAUAUUAUGAAAAAGCUUAAAUUAUUGUAACGAGCGAAUUAUUAACCGAAUAUUGAAUAAGCGAAAUUUUAUGGUGUCGCUAGAAAAAUCUCAUUCAUAAUUUAAUUAUUAAAUUUAUUAAUAUUACUGUUUAAAACAUUACGUUAAAUUUAAUCUAAACUGACAAUGUACUAUUAUUUUUUUAAUUAGGAUUUUCUUUUGGCUGUGCAAUGUUUGCAAUUUUUCAUUCCUGGAAUUUUAUGUACAAUAAAGAAA